GGUGUAUUUGUCAUCAUCAUUAUCAUCACAUUUUCUUAAUCAUAUUUUUGUUAAUAUAAAGAUUAUUAUAGUAAGCUAGCAUGGCAGCAAUCAAACAUAAUCACUUCCUCCAUUCUCUUCUUCUUCUACUGCUCCCUUUGAUCGCUUCAAGUAUGGCUGCAGCUGAGAAUGUCACUCAAGAUAACGUGUUGGACUGGGUGAAGACGGACAACCGCCGGUUCUUGAAGGCGAUGAUCCGAGUUGGUGAUCUCAAUCGCACCAUCCAGUUCUACACCGAGUGUUUUGGGAUGAAGGUGCUGAGCAAGAAAGACUUCCCAGAAGAAAAAUACACAAAGGCAAUUGUUGGGUUUGGACCUCAGGAGUCUCACUUCGUGUUGGAGUUGAUUUACAUUCAUGGCGUGGAGAAGUAUGAGCUUGGGACAGCUUUCGGGCAUUUCGGUAUCGCGACUCAAGACAUUUACGCAAUGGUGGAGAAAGUUCGGGCUUUUGGAGCGGUAAUCACACGUGAGCCUGGAACCAUGGGAGGGGGAAGCACUGUCUACGCCUUCGUGGAGGACCCGAACGGAUACAGCUUCGAGAUCCUCCAGAGGCCUCCAACUCCCGAGCCCCUCUGCCAAAUCAUGCUCAGUGUGCUUGAUCUCGAUCGCGCUAUUAGUUUCUACGAGAAGGCCAUGGGCAUGAAUCUUCUCCAGAAGUACGACAGCCCCGAAGCACAGUUUGCUAUAGCAAUGGUUGGGUACGGGUCGGACCAAACUCAGACGACCGUGAUAGAGCUGAAGUACAAUUACAACGUGACCGAGUACACCGAAGGAAAUGGAUACAUACUUGCUGCUUUCGGGACUAAUGAUGUAUACAAAAGCGCUGCAGCCGUGAAGCUAGUGACCGGAGAACUAGGAGGAAUGAUUGUCAGCCCGCCUGGCCCGGCCCCUAAGACCGGCACCAAAACCACUGUGUUCCUCGACCGAGAUGGCUUCAAAACGGUUUUGGUGGACAAUGAAGAUUAUCCAGGAAGUGAAAGCUGAACUGUGAUUAUGUAAAACAAGCCGCGACUGCUCCUUACUGAUAUCAAGACAUCUCUAUUUCUUCCCCUUUUCUUGAUAAGAAAUAAGACAUUAGCUGAAUAAUUUCCUUCACUACCGCGUCUGUAAUGGAGAGAAAUGUUACAAUGUUUUUUUUUUUUUUUGUAAUAAGAGUAUUUGAAUUUCGUCCAGACUAA